UGACAGGGCUUGCAUUGGGGCAAAAGCUCGUAACCAAGAUGAGGUUGUUUGAAGUCCUUGCUUUUCUUUCAAUUUUGGCCUCAUUGAAUCCAGUCUGUUGUGAUAUCUAUAUGCACAAUCCUAGAGGAUCAAAUAAUCGCUUGAGAUCAGCAGGCGUGAACCGACAAAACAACAAUCGAAUGUUUGAUUCUCAGAACAAUGCCAAAGGUGGUUAUAAUGUUGGCGAAAAGGGUGCUUAUCGAAAUCAUAACGAACAUAUGCAGUAUCACAUGAAAUAUUUAAUGAGCGGUACAAAGGGGAAAGGUUCGACGUAUUUGAACAUCGAGUGGACGAACCAACACGGCUGCGGUGAUGGUGACCUGAAUUGUCAGAUUGUUUUACAAUACAUGUGUCAGAAGCAUAAAGAUGAAGAUAUUGGAAAAAAUCACAUUCCCGAAAGAAAGAGAAACGGCAUUACUGAAGGUACACCAAUCUAUCGACGUCACAAUCCAUUUCAAUAUAAAUGGCAGAAAGAUAGAGAAGAACGGAUUCAUUCACAGCACAGUAAUUAUGGACUUAACGAGCCUUGGAAUUGGUAUGACAAAUGCAAAAAAAGAUCUCGCAAUCGUGGUUUGUUUACAGCAGAUCAAAAUGUUAAAGAUAACAUAGGAAGUACGUCGACAAGGCAAAAUCCGAACGGGAACCGAAAUGGCUACGAGUGUCCCGAAGAACGAGAUUAUUACCCAUACUGGCAUCCCACUGACUGGGUUGAUAUCGCAGUAUUAGUGGACAAAAAAUCUGACUGUCCAUACUACCAGAGAGAAAGUUUCAAUGUUAAAGAAAAAGGAGAAUGCAUGGAGAGGUAUGAAAAAGACCGUGGAAAUUACAAACACGAUUCGAAGCACAAUAACAGGCAGGAUUGCGCAAGUCAUGGCGGGCUUUGGGUGAACUUUCACAACUAUUUGGAGAAGAUGACGCAAUACACAGACGAAGGCAGUUGUUCCCGAGCAGGUUAUAAGUGGGGCUAUGGUUAUCGCUCGGAGGACUUUGAAGAUAUGAGGAAGUUUUGUUUUGUCCCACUUGAAAAGCCCGAAUGUGAGUUGGCUCCAUAUUCCCGUUCUAAUCACCUUGGAAACGGUGCUGGUAUCACGCCAUUGACCUACAAGUGGAAAUUACCAAACUUUCCAUCGAAAGAAGAGCAAAGAUGCUUUCUUCGUAUCAGGUACAACAUCUCGACGAACGAUCCUCUCAAUAAAAUAACGCAAAACCCAACUGUGGAAUUUUUAAACAAGCUCCCAUUGCGGUUGGCAAUAAACACAGCACAAUUCGGGCGAACAUUUCAAGAUCGGUCACAUAUGUUCUUAUUGACGUCACGUGAUAAGAACGGCGUAUCAAAUGAUGUCAACAUUCAUAAUGUUAACAUUCGUGGGAAAAGAGGAAAUAUCGUUCAAACUUACCCAGCCGUUGAGUAUGAUUUUGUCCCAAAGAGAUUGACGGUACCAACAAACGAUGCCAUUCACGUCCAGUGGACAGGUUCCAACAGCAAUCCGGGCGGCAAUGACGGACAAGGAAAAGCAGGAACAGACAAAAAUAAUCUCGUGGAAAUGUACUACGCACCCUAUAGUGUCCCAAUCAGUUCGCGCAUGCUCCAAAGCGCAAAUAUCCUUCACAAUUUCGUUGGGGGAUCCAAAAAGUUCGUAGACGUCGAAGCAAGUCUAGCCUCAGCUGGUUACUACAAAACUUCGAAAAAUGCUGUCGAUAAGGCUCCGCGUCAGUUAGAUGACGAGUUGAACAACGCCAGUCCAUCGUUCGCUGGUAUUUUAAUGAGUUGGAACAGUCCAAACAUCUUUUAUUACAUGUGCUCUCGAAACAACAACUUCACUAAUCGCAGUCAGAAAGGUCGUUUGAUUAUCAGCAAGAAUGAGAGCGGUUAAAACUGACUGAAUGCACCUUCUUUAUCUAUUAUAGAUCAGUUAAGAUUAUCUGAAGUCCAAAAUUCCAAAAGUCCAGAUUGUAAAACCCAUAUAAUCUUUUUAUAAACACGCUCCGAGUAUAUUUUUCUGAGUUUUUUAGGCCUAAAACUGCUUUCUUUUUCAACAGACAUUGAUUCAAAACACUGUAUCGCCGAGUAAUUUUUCUAAAAUAAUUUAUCACGAUCAUAACAUUUGCAGUUCUAAAAACUGCAAAUCGUGUUGCCUUCAAGAUGUUUAGUUCUUCCGAGUAAUAUUUUUACAGAUACAAGAUAAAACAUAAUAUUGACGGCGAGGUUUUCUGACAUUUUCUGCAAUUUUGGCUUCUGAGUUUCAGACUUCCAGAUUAAACGAAUAGUAUAGUCUAAUUCUCUUAUGCACCACGCUAUUGCUGUUUUUUAACAUAUAUAUUCUCGAUGAUGUAGCUAACUAUUGAUGCAUAAAUGUUCAAUUAU